AUGGUGGGGCUUCCAUCGGCUGACCUUGCCAACGACCUUGCCAACGACCUUGCCAACGACCUCGCCAAGAGCAAUAAAUGCUCAAGUCUUGGCGUCUUGGCGAAAAACCCAUACAAUAACAUGUUUGCCUCUGUCGGUCGUCUCGCUGCUGCGGCUGCUACCGGCGUCUCGGCUCGCUCGGUCGCUGCAACUGCUGCUGCCUCCACCAUUACCACUGCUGCUGCGGCUGCAUGCUGCGUUCCAACCACUGCUUGCACGCCUGCACGUCGGCCGGCUCGCUCGGUGCCAUCCGUGUCGACGGUCGACUCGGUGCUGUCGAAGGCCUGCCUCAAACGACUCGCCAUCGCAGACGCAGGCACGUCCCAGGCGCUGCUCAAGUCCGUCGAGGAUUUGGAUGACGCGCAUCCGAAACAGGCGAAAGGCCGACGCGCCGGCAGGAGCCACGGAGAUAUUCUGCCAGUCACCCACACGUACCUCCAGUCGGUUGCGCAGCGCCAGCAAAUGUUUGCCGAGUAUGCCGCGAAAACACUGACGUGGCGCAAGGCGUUCAGCAAGGUCGACGAGAGCGAUCUGUCCGAGGGCGUUGUUUCGUGGUUUAAGGACGGCCGUCUGAACGCAUCAGAGAACUGCAUCGAUCGCCACUUGCCGACACACGCCCACCGCACCGCGCUCGUGUGGGAAACGGACAAUCCCGACCAUGCGCAGAAAAUCACCUUCCAGCAGCUCUCCGACAAUGUCAAUCGCUUGGCCAACGUUCUCAAGGCGCACGGUGUCAAGCGCGGCGAUCGCGUGACGAUUUACCUGCCCAUGAUGCCUGCCAUUGUGUACAGCAUGCUGGCCUGCGCCCGCAUCGGAGCUGUCCACAGUGUGGUAUUUGCCGGCUUCAGCGACACUGCCGUGCGUUCUCGAAUUGAGGAUGCUGAAAGCAAGGUUGUCAUCACGGCGGACAACAGCAUCCGCGCCGGCAAGAUCAUCCCGCUGAAAAAGACUCUGGACGCCGCCAUCAAGGACCUUCCACAGGUGGAAUCCGUGCUGACGUUCUCCCGUGUUGCGCGCGACGUGCCGAUGCAGAGUGGUCGCGAUGUUUUCGUCGAGGACGAGAUGGCGGCCGCCAGCCCUGUUUGCAACGCCGAAAGCAUGGGGGCGGAAGAUCCCCUGUUUUUGCUCUACACGAGUGGAUCCACCGGCAAGCCCAAGGGCCUGGUUCACACCACUGGCGGCUAUUUGACUUACACUGCCAUGACGCUUCAGACCGUCUUUGACAUUCACAAGUACGACAGCGAUCCGUUUGGUUGCUUUGCUGACUGCGGCUGGAUUACGGGACACUCGUACGUCGUGUACGGUCCGCUCACGCUGGGCGUCGGCACCCUCCUGUUUGAGAGCACGCCCACCUUCCCGACGCCGAGCCGCUACUGGGAUGUUGUGCACCGUCACGAGAUUUCCAAGUUCUACACCUCUCCGACGGCACUUCGCACCCUGAUCAAGGCUGGCAACAAGCACGUCCACCGCCACAAACUCAAACGGCUCUCCAUUCUUGGCAGCGUGGGCGAACCCAUCAACGCCGAUGCCUGGCAAUGGUACAAGGACGUGGUCGGCGGCGGCAAGGCCCAUAUCGCCGAUACCUGGUGGCAGACGGAGACGGGCGGCAUCAUGAUUGCACCGCGCCUUCAGACGCUGGGCAAGGCGGGUGCCGCCAUGCAUCCGCUGCCCGGUGUAGUUCCCGUGCUCCUCGACGCGCAAGGCGCCGAAAUCCAAGGCGUUGAUGUGUCUGGCGCCCUCGCUCUGAAAGCUGCAACGCCUGGCAUGGCGCGCACCGUGUUCAAAGACCAUCAGCGCUAUGUCGACACGUACUUCCGUCCCCACAAAGGCUACUACAUUACGGGCGAUGGUGCUCGUCGUGACAAGGAUGGUCACAUUUGGAUUACCGGUCGCGUUGAUGAUGUGAUUAACGUCAGCGGCCACCGUCUUGGAACGGCUGAGGUUGAGAAUGCUCUUCAAACGCAUCCUGCCGUGGCGGAAGCUGCAGUGGUAGGCUUCCCGCACGCGAUCAAGGGCGAAGGCAUCUACUGCUUUGUCAAUCUGAAGGACACCCACAAGAGCACUGACGCGGAGGCGCUGCAAAACGAGCUGCGACAGAUUGUCCGCAAGGAGAUUGGCGGAUUUGCCUCACCCGACGUCAUUCACUUUGCACUCACUGGUCUGCCGAAAACCCGCUCUGGCAAGGUGAUGCGUCGCAUUCUUCGCAAGAUUGCCGCGGGCAACACGGAAGAUCUCGGCGACACUUCCACGCUCUCCGAGCCUCAGGUUGUUGGUGACCUGAUUGCCAAGCGCAACGAGCUUCUUCCCAAGUAG